AUGUCUUCUAAAGCAGUUAAUGUUGCUGUCAUUGGUACCGGUGUUGUUGGUUCUGCAUUUUUGGAGCAAUUGCUCUCCAUGAAAUCUCAAAUUACGUACAAUGUCAUUUUGAUUGCUAAAUACUCCAAAUCCCUUGCUUCUAAAGACUAUUCCCCAUUAGCUUUGGAAGCUUCUUCUUGGAACAAGACAGUUGAUGCGCAAGGUAGCGCACCAUUUUCGGUUUCUGAAAUUCAUGAUUUCUUAAAGAAGUCACCAUUACCAACUAUCUUGGUUGAUAACACUUCAAGUGAAGAAAUUGCUAAUUACUAUCCAAAAUUCAUUGAGAGUGGUAUAUCGAUUGCUACUCCAAACAAGAAAGCAUUUUCUUCUAACUUAGAGUUAUGGAACAGUAUUUUCAGUUUGAAACCAUCCAAUGGAUUGGUCUAUCACGAAGCUACUGUUGGUGCUGGUUUGCCAAUCAUUGGAACUCUAAGAGAUUUAAUUCAAACCGGUGAUAAGGUCGUUAAAAUCGAAGGUAUCUUUUCCGGAACAUUGUCUUAUAUCUUUAACGAAUUCUCCACUCCAACCGCAAAUGACGUCAGUUUUUCAGAAGUUGUUAAGGUUGCUAAAAGCUUAGGUUACACUGAACCUGAUCCAAGAGAUGAUUUGAACGGUUUGGAUGUGGCUAGAAAAGUCACUAUUCUUGCAAGAAUUGCCGGUUUCGAGGUCCAAUCUCCAACUUCUUUCCCUGUUCAAUCUUUGAUCCCAUCUGCCCUCGAAUCCGUUGCUUCCUCAGAUGAGUUCAUGCAAAAAUUGCCAAACUAUGAUGAUGAAUUAAAGCAAUUGAAACUUGAAGCUGCUAAAGAAAACAAAGUUCUAAGAUUUGUUGGAAAGGUUGACUUCCCAUCCAACGUUGUGUCUGUUGGUAUUGAAAAGUACGAUUAUUCCCAUCCUUUUGCUUCUUUAAAGGGUUCUGACAACGUUAUUUCUAUUCAAACGGAACGUUACACUAACCCAUUAGUCAUCCAAGGUGCUGGUGCUGGUGCUGCAGUUACCGCUGCUGGUGUCUUAGCUGAUGUCAUCAAGAUUGCUCAAAGAUUAUAA